AUGGGCUCUUUGCUGACUGCGUGUGGUUUAAAAAAGAAAAAGAAAGCAGAAGAGGAGAGGCACUUGCGAGCUAAUGACAGGGAGUUCAAUCUCUCUUUUCAAUAUGCGAAUAAUGCCAUCAAGACCUCAAAGUACAACAUCUUCACGUUCCUCCCUCUUAACCUGUUUGAGCAGUUCCAGAGGCUGGCAAAUGCAUACUUUGUCUUUCUUCUUAUGUUACAGCUGAUCCCACAGAUCUCCUCUCUGUCGUGGUUCACUACUGUAGUUCCUCUGCUGCUGGUGUUGUCUAUAACUCUAGCUAAAGAUCUCUCCGAUGACAUUACCCGACACAAGAACGAUAAACACGUAAACAAUCGAGAGGUGGAAGUGCUCAUUGAUGGAGAGCUGAAGAAAGAGAAAUGGAUGAAUGUUCAAGUGGGUGACAUUGUCAAGAUGGAGAACAAUGAGUUUGUCACAGCUGAUCUAUUGCUGCUGUCUAGUAGUGAACCUCUGAACCUUGUCUACAUUGAGACAGCUGAGCUGGACGGGGAAACUAAUCUGAAGGUGAAACAGGCAUUGACAGUCACAGGAGACCUGGGCAAUGACAUCCAGAGACUUGCAGCUUUCAAAGGUGAGGUGCACUGUGAGCCUCCAAACAAUCGUCUGGAUAAGUUCACAGGAACUCUGACGGUCAGUGGAGAGACAAUGGCUUUAGAUAAUGAGAGGAUUCUGCUCAGAGGAUGUACCCUCAGAAACACAGAGUGGUGCUUUGGUCUGGUGGUGUUUGGAGGUCCCGACACAAAGCUCAUGCAGAACUCUGGCAAGUCCAUCUUCAAGAGAACCAGCAUUGAUCGGCUCAUGAAUGUUCUGGUGAUGUUUAUCUUUGGUUUCUUGGCCUUCAUGUGCACCAUCUUGUCCAUUGGGAAUGCGAUUUGGGAAUACCAGGAAGGGGAUUCUUUCAUUGCCUUCCUUCCUCGACCUAAUGGGGUGAAUGCAUCCCUCUCUGCUUUUCUGACGUUCUGGUCUUAUGUUAUUAUCCUCAACACUGUGGUGCCAAUCUCACUUUACGUCAGUGUCGAAAUCCUUCGUCUGGGAAACAGUUAUUUCAUUGACUGGGAUCGUAAAAUGUACCAUGUAAAGAGUGACACACCAGCCCAGGCCAGGACAACCACUCUGAACGAGGAGCUGGGUCAGAUCAAAUAUAUCUUCUCUGAUAAGACAGGAACUUUGACACAGAACAUCAUGACUUUUAACCGGUGCUCCAUCAAUGGGAAGUCAUAUGGCGACGUUGUGGAUUUUGCCGGGCAGAGGGUUGAGAUCACUGAGAAAACAGAAAAAGUAGACUUCUCCUGGAACCCACUGGCUGACCCAAAGUUCAGUUUUUAUGACCAUCAGCUGGUGGAAGCAGUGAAGCUGGGCUCUCCAGCGGUGCAGGACUUCUUCCGUCUGCUGGCCCUCUGUCACACUGUAAUGCCGGAGGAGAAAACAGAAGGGGAGCUGUUUUAUCAGGCUCAGUCUCCAGAUGAAGGGGCUCUUGUCACCGCAGCCAGAAAUUUUGGCUUUGUAUUUCGCUCCCGUACCCCAGAGACCAUCUCUGUGGUGGAGAUGGGAGUCCCCACCACCUACGAGCUACUGGCAGUGCUGGACUUCAACAACUUCCGCAAGAGAAUGUCUGUUAUCGUUCGCAAUCCUGAGGGCAGACUGAUUUUGUAUUGUAAGGGUGCUGAUACGAUGAUCUAUGAGAGACUGCAUCCAUCCUGCUCUAAAAUCAUGGAGGUCACCACAGAACAUCUAAAUGAAUAUGCUGGAGAAGGUUUGAGGACGUUGGCUCUGGCUUAUAAAGAUCUGGAUGAAGACAAGUUUGCAGAAUGGAAACAGCGCCACCAUGUGGCCAGCACUGCAAUGGAUGACCGUGAGGCAAAACUGGAUGCCAUUUAUGAAGAGAUUGAGAAGGGUUUGCUACUCCUUGGUGCUUCUGCAGUCGAGGAUAAACUUCAAGAUGGAGUCCCUCAGACAAUUGAGCAACUCGCCAAAGCUGACAUCAAAAUCUGGGUUUUGACUGGUGACAAACAGGAGACGGCUGAGAACAUCGGUUAUUCCUGUAAUAUGCUCAGAGAAGAAAUGAAAGAUAUCUUCAUAGUGGCCGCCAACACAGCAGAUGAAGUGCGGAAAGAGCUUGUGAAUGCCCGAAGAAAGAUGUCACCAGGGUCAGGAGAUGAACCACCCAUUAUGAAGAGCAGACUGCUGGGGAAAAAAUCUCAAGUGGUGGAGGAUGAGGAGGUUGAUGGGGAAUAUGGACUGGUAAUAAACGGCCACAGUCUGGCGUUUGCUCUGCAGAAGGACAUGCAGCUGGAGCUCUUGAGGACCGCGUGCAUGUGCCAGACGGUGAUCUGUUGCAGGGUCACACCUCUCCAGAAAGCUCAAGUUGUGGAACUUGUCAAGAAGCACAAAAACGCUGUGACGUUGGCUAUUGGAGACGGAGCCAAUGACGUCAGUAUGAUCAAGACUGCACAUAUCGGUGUUGGUAUAAGUGGUCAGGAAGGCAUGCAGGCGGUUCUCUCCAGCGAUUUCUCCUUUGCUCAGUUCCGUUACCUCCAGCGACUCCUGCUGGUCCACGGUCGAUGGUCUUACCUGCGCAUGUGCAAGUUCCUGCGCUACUUCUUCUACAAGAACUUCACCUUCACAUUUGUGCACUUCUGGUACGGCUUCUUCUGUGGCUUCUCUGCACAGACUGUGUAUGAUGAGUGGUUUAUUACGCUCUACAACCUGGUGUAUACGGCUUUACCUGUGAUUGCCCUCAGUAUAUUUGAUCAAGAUGUGAAUGACUGCUGGAGUUUCCAGUACCCGCAGCUGUACUCACCAGGUCAGCUGAACCAGUAUUUCAGUAAAAUGGCCUUUGUGAGGAUUCUGCUGCACAGCUGCUACAGUUCGCUCAUACUGUUCUUCAUCCCAUGGGCUGCAAUGCACGACACGGUCAGAGACGACGGCAAAGAAAUUGCAGAUUAUCAGUCCUUCGCCCUACUGGCGCAAACAUGCCUGCUUAUAGCCGUCAAUGUGCAGCUGGGUUUGGACACGUAUUAUUGGACGGCAGUGAAUCAGUUCUUCUUGUGGGGGAGUCUGUCUAUGUAUUUUGCUGUUACUUUUACCAUGUACAGCAACGGCAUGUACCUCAUCUUCACCUCAUCUUUCCCUUUCAUUGGCGCUGCGAGAAACUCUCUAAAUCAGCCGAAUGUGUGGCUGACCAUCUUCUUGACCACUAUAUUGUGUUCCUUGCCUGUGGUGGCACACCGGUUCCUCUUCAUACAACUUAAGCCGACUAUCAAUGACAAGGUGCGUCAUAAGGUAAGACAAUCCAAAGCCAUGCCCCUGCCUCCCCCUCGUCGCUUCCCACGGCGACGGAUCAGCACACGUCGUUCUGGUUACGCCUUCUCUCACGCUCGCGGUUACGGCGACCUUGUCACGUCUGGAGGCUUCUUGCGUAUACCGAUCAAGACCAGACCCACCAUUUUCCCCCGUUCAGAGACCCCCGUGGCUGACAGCACACCCCAGACAUAUCGAACCAUCUACCAAGAGAGUGCAAGCUCCUAAACUAAGGAGCUCAUGUAGAACAUUUUCGAUUAUUUACCAUCAAGCCUGGAUUUCAUAUCGGACAUUGGUGAAGCAUCUACUUGCUGUUUGUGUUUGAUUAUAGUUAACUUCAUGAUGCCAGAAUACACCGGACAGUAAGAUGUUAUUUACAGGGUAUUUAGGGUAAUAUUUAAAUAGUACAGGGUAAUUUAAAAAAAACUUCACUUUAAAGUGUACAGUAUGACUGUGGUGCAGUGAAGCUUUAAAUCUAUGAGAAUGUUUAUUACAGCGAUAAAUGUGAUUCAUUUUUAUUAAAACUUACGAGGUUACUUGAAGAUUUCAAACACCUACACGUGUACACACACAAAACAUUUUUGCUUUCAUUUUGUAGUUUGUAUACAGUAUAAACACUGUACCAAAAUAAGUCCAGAGAUGCUAUGAGAUUAUUGAGGUCUGUACAAGCCUUUAAUUUGUCUGUAAACAUUUUUCGAAGAUGUUUUUGUUCUGUUUUUUGGUUUGUCUGUGUUUGUGUAAUUAUAAUUAAGAUAGUCAAAAAUGAUUGUUCAGCUUUUAUUUUUCAUGUUUUGUACCAAGAUUCUAAAUGUGCCUUGAUUGGUGAUUUAUAAAAUAAAGUUUGUUUUUUGGUAUCAUAUUCAUUAGAUUUUUUAAAUAAUCAAAUAUCUCAUACAUUUUAUAUUUUGUCUCAAAUGUUUUAAGUUUAGUACUUUUGAAGAGUGAACCAUUUAUACAUUUACAUUACACAUUAUACAUUACAUUACAUUGGUGUGGUAGUUGGCUUUUGUUGUGUUGUUGUAUUGUAUUUUUAUAAGAAGAAAUAUGAACAGAAAUCCAAUUUUGAAUUCACAUGAGUGAUUGAGGUUAUUUCAGACAUCAUUGUAUAAUCCUUUACACUGCCUUCAAAAGAAAACUCCUGCAGGAUUUCUAAUGAAAAACAAAAAAAUAAAUGACGUUCUGGAUGUGUGAUGUUCUGGAUUUCACUGCGAGUAAAAUUUUCAAUUUGUUCUGUUUAAAUGCACAGGAUUAUAUUAAAAAAAGUACAGAUCUUCAUUUGUGGUUUGGGGGGGAAUGAAUUUAUUCAGGUUUGGAAUGAUGUGACUUGUGAGUGAAUGUUCAUGUCUGGUUGAACUAUUCCUUUAAGGAUCUUUAAAAAAGUCUCUCCAGAAUAUUGUUUGUCCAUCAUCUUUUCUGUGUGCGAGAUCUGUUUCAUUGCUAAACAUUAGUUUCGCUUUAAGGACUAUCUCAAUUUUCUUUUCAAGCCCUCUCAUUUCUCUGAAACAGUAUUCAGCCCCCCAUGCUGAGAGCAGAAGCAAAUCUGCCAUCCCCUCAAAUAUGAUCCCUCAACAACAAAUCAGCGAGCAUGCUCAGUGGGCUCUGUGAUGCUGUUGCUAUAGGGCUGUGUGGGGUUUAGUACUGUAGGCAGAGAGAGUGUGAGGAGUGUUGAACACACAGAAGUGCUACUAAAGAGGAACUAAAAGAAGGAUUUGACCCAUUUCCUUUUUAGUGUUUAUUUGCUUCGUUUCUGCUCAGUAGAUGCCGAGCAUUAGGUUGUGUUUGCUAUAGUUACACUGCAUACAGAGUGAGACUGUGACUGUAAGCUGGAUCUCAGAUUGAUGGAGCUUUACGGCUGGAAUUUGUCUUUUAAACAAAUGACGCAGACGUCUGAGCUUACACAAGUUCUGCUGAGCUUUGCCAUUUGCACACCAGGAACUGUUUAUGUCACUGAACCAGCCUACUUUGUAAGGAC